AUGGAAAGAGGGGAUAUCCAACCAUCCUCUUUGGUCAUCAAGGUUUCCAAAGCUAUCGGAAAGCGCUUGGCCAAACUUGGGGUGCACCAAGAAAGGCUAGCUUCGCCAAUCAACGAAACCCAGGGAAAGUUGCUCGACAAGGUCAAGAAUUUGACCAAGGACUUGACUGAGAAGGAUGAGAAAAUUGGUGAGCUCUACAGCGCAGGGUUGGUUAAUGGUUUCAACAAGGGGUGA